AUGGCCUCAUCAAUGGACUUCCUCGCGGCCUGCGAAAACCGCAGAUCCAUCUACCAGAUCACCGACAAGAUCCCCAUCUCGGAUGCUCGCGUCGAGGAGAUUGCCAGACACAAUAUCCUGCACGUGCCUCACAGUUUCAACGCAACAUCCACGCGUCUGGUGGUGCUGCUCAAUGACGAACACAGACAGUUCUGGGAGUUUGUCAAGGAGGUGUUGAAGCCUCAGGUUCCCGAGGAUCAGUUCCCCAAGACUGUGGAGAAACUUGAUGGUUUCAAGGCUGGUCAUGGUACUAUUUUGUUCCUUGUUGACCCUAAGCCUGUGCAGAAGUUGCAGUCGCAGUUUGCGCUGUAUGCUCAGCACUUCCCUGGCUGGGCAACUCAAUCAGCCGCCAUGUCUCAGUACCACCUCUGGACUGCUCUCGAAGCUGAAGGCUUGGCUUGCAACCUCCAGCACUACAACCCCAUCAUUGACCAAAAGGCACAAGGCCACUGGAACAUUCCUCAAGAGUGGGAGCUCCAGGCUCAGCUUGUGUUUGGUGGCUACGCAGACGGUGCCCGCGAGGCUGUCGACAAGGGUGGAAAGCAACAGCAGCCCGUCGAGGAGAGACUCUUCGUCCACGGUUCAAAGGCUUAA